CAGACUGCAGAGCUUCAGGGAUGAUGCCACUUUGCAUUUUUCUUGUGCUUCUCAGUGAAAUCUGUCAGGUGCCAGCUGCUAACAAGACCUCAGGUAUAACUCAGGACAGUGGGCUCAUAAUAGCUAAAGUUGGGGAGACUGUGACUUUGAAAUGCUUUUGUCGAGACGAUGCUGUAACUUUCCUUUCUUGGUACCAGCAAAGCUUGGGAGGCAAACCUCUCAUCAUAUCCACUCGGAUGAAGCACAGCACGGAAACUACCAUGUCCCCCAAGUAUAAAGAUAGAUUUCAAGUCUUAGCAAAAAGUCAAGAAGACAUCAACCAUCUCAGAAUCACAAACCUUCAACUGUCGGAUUCAGCAACAUAUUACUGUGGGAUUUUAGAAUUCAACGCAAUUGAAUUUGGACAAGGAGCUUUCCUUCACGUCAAAACAUCACUGUCCAACAUCCAAGCUGUUGUCCAUCAGCCAGCACUGGAGCCACUUCGGUUGGGUGACUCUGUGAAUUUAAUCUGUACAGUAUACGCUGAACCAUGUGCAGGGGAGCAGAGCCUCUACUGGUUCAGACAAGGUGCGGCUCAGCCUGCGAUCAUGUAUCGCAGUGCGGGACAGUGUAAAAACCUCUCCAAUGAAGAGUCUCACAUGAAGAAUUGCACUUCAAACUUCACUAUUAAGUCUGUGAACUCCUCUGAUGCCGGGAUGUACUACUGUGCUCUGGCCUCCUGUGGGGAGAUUGUGUUAGGAAAUGGAACGAGAGUGGAGAUCGCAGGACGUUCUACGAAAGUAUCCCCUCUCCUGGUGUAUUGCCUUUCUGUGGCAUUGGCAGUUUCCAUUAUCGUGCUCCUUGUCUUGGCUUUCAUCAUGUACAAGUUGAAACAAAAUUCCUGCUCUUUCUGCAAGGGAACUACUUCUCAUCUGACAUGUUCUGCAGCUUCUGACGCCAUGAGCCAAGAUGCAGGCAUUCUCCAUUAUGCUGCUCUGAGUCUGAACAGAACCAGUGAACGACAUCGUCAAGAGGACAACGUGGAGAGUGUUUGCGUAUACUCUAGAGUAAAGAGCAGAAGAGAGAAGUAGGACUUCACCUUCAACCACUUCACCAAAUGAUCUCUCUUUCCUGUCAGUCACUUGCAAGAAAACAACACUUCAUGUGACAGUAUAAAAAAAUAAAAUAUUUUUUGUGCAAUGUGUUUGCAGUAUUUUUAUGUAAAAUAUGUUCUGAGAGUGUACAACGGUCACAUGGAUCAGCAUCUUACACACAGAUAUAGACAAAGCAGGCUCUUGAAAAUCCCCUACGAUCUAUUAAUAUCUUCUUUUGCCAGAAACGUAAGCACGGGUUGCACC